UUUUAACUAAUAUGGUAAGAAUUAUUUGUGCUUGUGUUUUAGGAAUUGUGUGAGGAAUUUAUACGAAAACUAUAACCUGUUUAAGAGCAACAGAUAUGAAUGUAUUGUUAUAGAUUUGAAUUUUCAAAAAUGUGGAUGACGGUUUAUGGUUAAUUAAUAGGAUUAGUGAGAAUAUAAUAAACUUGAGUUUGAUCUAUACAGAGCGGAAUGAUCUCAAUUGUCAGGGCAUAAACAUUGUUUUAUGUUUGUGACUAUCAUCGGUAUUUACAGUUUGUCACUUCAAAGAUAUGUAACUGAUCGGUUUCUGAAGAGUAGAUUCAAUCUCUAAAUAUAAUUAUUUGGAUAAAAUGGAUGAUGCUGUGCUUUACGUCCGAGGAAAAGGAAAUGUAUGGUUUAGAUGCAGAUAAUGAAAAUGCUUGGGACGACACUGCGUUAAUUAAAGCUUAUGACAAAGCAGUGAAUCUGGCAAAGGAAGAAGUUGUUAAGAGAAUGGGCAUGGAUGUUUCAGAUUCCGAAAGCAAACAAGAAUCACAAAAUUUGAAACAUUCUCGGCAUAUAAAUAAACCUCAGAAGAAAUGGACUGUGGGAUCUCCUUGCCGUGCUGUAUAUUCAGGGGAUGGAGAAAUUUAUGAAGCCAUAAUAUCCAAAAUCUAUGAUAACAGUGCAACUUGUAUUGUAAAAUUUGUAGGAUAUGGUAACUCAGAGAAAGUAGAGUUAAGCGCCCUACUAGAAUCUGAAGGGUUGCAAAGUCAGAUAGCUCAGCAGAAAGAUGCUGAUGCAGAGAAACUCAACGAGGAAAAUGUGGAGGCUCAAGUAUCAGAUUCUGCUACUGCAAAUUCUAAAAAGUACAACAGUGAAAAAAUGGAAUGCGACGAAGACACAAAACCAUAUAGGCAUCACUUUAUGGCCGGACCGUCUUUUACUUCAGCAGAAGACAUGAUGCCCCCUGCACCUCCUCUACCACCACAAUUAAUGGCCAAACUUCCAGAUAACGAUGCAGAUGCACUUUCAAGUAUGUUAAUGUCAUGGUACAUCAGUGGUUUUCAUACAGGUUACUAUCACGGUUUGAAACAAGCAAGAAGUAAUCAAGAGAAAAGAAGAAACUGUUGAUUGUACAAUCAUUUUUUAUCGAGAAUAUAUAUGUUUAUUAAUUA